AUGGCCGUCGAUACAAGUUAUUUGACCACGCAGGUCAACAAUAUUGUUACUCAGCUUCAUGGUAUCUUUGAUGAGAUUGGAGUCCCGAACCAUGAGAGAGAUACUAGAGAAGCCGAGCUUUUCAGUGCUCUGUCUGAAACAUUAAAUAACCACCUUAAGAUGGUAGAUGAUGAAAAGAAUGAAAUGACUGAGGAGGCGCAGCGGCUCGUUACUGCGAUCCAGCAGAUGGAACGGUCCUUGGUGGAUGAGAAAGCAAAUGGACAGUAUAAUCUAAAUCAUGAUGAUUUGCGCAUUACUUUCCCCCUUAAUCGCUGCCUCAACUUCCUCAGGGAGAAGCAUAACGCUCUCCGGAAAUUACACCAGGAGCGUUUUGAGCAGGUCAAGAAACUUGUUGAAGCGCUUGAAUCAUACUCUUCUCAUCUUGAACCAUCUUUUCUGUCCAUCGAACUUCCCCCAACGGCACCAGGGUCGUCGAUCGCACCCAGUUUUGAUCUGUCCCCAUCAUACGUUACGGCCCUUGAUAAUGAGUUUACGCGAGUUUACGAAGAAUACCACCGACGCCUUGAAUAUGUUCAAACAACAUGUGAAGAUAUUAUCAAACUCUGGGCCGAACUCGGAACGCCCCAGGUGCAAACAGAUUCCAAUAUCGUGAAGUAUUAUCGCGAGUCUGCCGAGCAACUAGGACUUCACGAAUCCGAUCUGGCAAACAUGAUGGGGAAGCGUGAAAAGCUUCUCGAAGAAAAGCGCGGCCGUGAGCGCAAGUUGAAAGAGCUUAGACAUGCAGUGGAGAAUCUGUGGGAGCGAUUCGGAGUCGAGGAAGGUGACCGGAAGGCAUUUCUCGCAGCAAAUCGUGGCUGUGGACUACGAACGAUAAAUGAGUUUGAAGAAGAAUUGGCUCGUCUCAAUGAGCUUAAGCGACAGAACCUACACCUUUUCGUUGAGGACGCAAGGUGCCGUCUGCAAGAGCUUUGGGAUAGCCUUUAUUAUUCGGAAGAAGAAAUGCUCGACUUUACCCCUGCCUUUUCUGAUGUUUACAGUGACGCAUUGCUGGAGGCACACGAAGCAGAAAUAUCACGGCUGGAGACCCUCAAGGAGCAGCGUGCUCCUACUUUGCAGCUUAUCGAAAGGCAUCGCAGCUUGCUGUCGGAGCAGAAAGCUUUGGCUGUUUCAAGCCAGGAUGCGUCCCGUCUCAUGGCACGUGGCAACAAGGGAGAAAAACGUGACCCAGGAAAGCUUUUGAGAGAGGAGAAGAUGAGAAAGAGAAUUGCUAAAGAGUUGCCUAAAGUGGAGGCCGAUCUGAGAAAAGAGCUGGAGAGAUGGGAGGAUGAAUAUGGUCGACCGUUCCUCGUUCAUGGGGAGAGAUAUCUGGACGAACUCGCUCCGGCUGUUAUGAAACCUCCGCCACGCUCGAAGACACCGUCAGCACCACCCAGCAGUGUGAGGGGAGGUAGUGUUAGGUCCCAGCCGCCUUCUCGCCCUGCCAGUGUGAUGAGAGGUCCUCCACCUCCUCGCUCCGCUACUAAAACACCCACUGGAGCUGGUUCAACCAAAUAUAACACCAUUGGACCAUCCAGAGCCGGUGCCAAAUCCCCAUCUAAGAUCCCUGCUCGCGUACCUCUGGGCAACAUGCCUCAUGGGAGCAACUCGCCUGAUCGCCGUGGAACUCCCGGCGCUUACGCUUCUAAUACAAUAAACGGCAAGAUGCCCACAACUCGAGCCCCACCCCCUAGAAUGCGAGCGUUGACAGGAGGCGAGUCGCGAGACGAGAGAUCAAGCUAUCUGUUUGAACCCCCGCGUUGUGUCAGCGCUCUCUCCAAUACGUUCGUGCGUCCUGUGAGCCCGGAGGAUGUUUACGAUGAUCGAAACCAGCGCUCCUUUAUGAGCUCAUCCAUCUUCUCUCAGAGAUCUGCAGGACAGUCAUCUCAGUCAUCGGCUUCCUCAGUGUCCCUGAGUUCGUCCACCCAGGGCUUCCCACGGCCAAAUCCUUAUCUACAACACGCUCCUCCUCCCCCGGCGCCCAGGCAAGUGUCGAAUUCAUCUACUGUCCAUACUACCAACUCCGGGUCGGAGAACUGGGAGACAUUUGAUGAUGGGUCAGGCUCCGAGGCAGAUGUUAGCGACGUCUAUUAUGCGAAACUUCGGGGUGCUCCUGGUAAGCGCUUGGCGCCGGAGGAACAGUCGACUAUCUCCCUGGCGGGGAAGAAGGCUAAAGGCAUCCGAAGCGUUAGUCCAGAUGAGCCAGCAGAUCAUCGGAGUGGCCGUAUGGUCCGAGGCAGUGACGCCGAGUGGACCGAUGACAUGGAGGCCUACUAA